CGCUUCCGGAUGAGGCCACGACACCGGGAAGGAAGAGGAGGGCGGGAGGCAAGGAAGGCAGCGGGACCCCUCACCUGCUCACUCCCUUGACCCCAUAACAGGGCCGUCGUUAAGAGCUGAGUGGUUAUGCUGGUGGCCGCACACUUCACGUGACUUCCAAGCAGAAGAUGAAGCUCUGGAUUCUGGCAGUCAUGGCAGUCCUCCCAGUCCUCAGUGUCUUGGGCCACUGGGACCACAGGGUGCUCUGCACCGUUCCUCUGCUGGGCAUAGUGGUGCUGACCAUCCUCAUGGCCAGGAGGCGCCGAACCAACGCCAAGGUCCUUGCUCCCCGGGCAGGGCCCACCAAGGCUGGCAAUCCGCACAACGUCAACUUUGCUUUCUGGAGCAGGGCACAUCAGUAACGAAGAGCAUGCAGACCAACAGGAGCACGGAGCAGAGUGGCAGGAAGGGGCCCGGCCCCACAUUGCACAACUCGUGCUGCUGGGCCGGGCUCUCCUCAUGUCCCCAAGAGCCGUUCCGGGCCGGAGCAUCCCAGCGCUGCCAGAGCAUUCCAUCAGAAGACCCGAGUGGUGGUGCCGAGCCUUUGCUGUCCUGCAGCAGAACCAGUCCCACCAGAAGAUCCAAACUCAGCUGGUUGAGGUCACGUGGAAAAGGACGGCACAGAAGCAGAUUGCACAGGAAAGCAGCCUCUGGAAGAAGCUUGCCAUGGGAGAGACAAGGAGGAACUUGGGGUCCAGCCGCCAGCUCAGAGCUCCUCGGGAACCCACCCUCCACUGACAGCAUGGAGGACCUCUCCAGAUCCCUGAUGCAGUCCUUGGACACCACAAAAAUCUGCCUCGGCCUGCUGGCCAAGAUGGAAAAAAACAACGGCAGCGGUGCUGGAGAGGCGCGCGGGGGCUGGAGGAGCGAACACUCGGUCUGCGUGCGGUGCCGCCGGUGCCUGGAUGACAGCUGCCCGCACCACAGCGGCUCCGCAGCCACCACGGCCAUGGGCACGGUGACCGCCUCGCUCUGCUCCCUGGAUGUGGUGGUGAGGGUGGAGGAGGUACAGCUGCACGUUGGGUUGCGCUUCGAGCUGUCCGUCGGCGGGAAGACGCUGCACACGUGGGAGAAAACCGUGCGGCUGCCCAAACGUUGUGGCAGUGAGGAAUACUGCGAGGAGUGCGGAGAGCCUCUGUCCAGAAGUCCCGAGGACUGGGGGACGCAGCAAGGGGGGUCCCAUCCCAACACAGCCUCCCAGUGGCCCCUGCCCCCCUGGGCACAGCCAAUCCCCCCAGAUGCUUCGGAACGGCUGCAGAGAGCGGGGAUGGAGCCCCUGCCCCAGGUGGAGUGCAGGGUCCCGGGGCACUGCAGCACAGGGCAGUGCCUCCUCUGCUUCUGGUGCAGGGUGAAGAGCGGAGGGAAGAACCCACAGACAGCGGGGACAGCUGAGGGCAGCAGAGAGAUCAGCAUCUGACAGCACUGUGGGAAGGGACCGGCUGCCACCCACCCCUCUGCUGCCUGAUUUUGAGUUCUCAGCUACGGUGUAAGGAGCACCAGCAAUAAAGGGGACUGUGGCAUACUGUGAGCAUGGGUGGGAGUUUGAUUCCAGGAGCCAUUCUCUGCCAUUCCCCUCCCCACAGCUGUACCAACACCCCCAUGGGGUGUGCUGGGGCCUGGUGUAGUAGAGGACAUGUUGGCUACUGCUGCUGAUGGGGACUCUUCACCAUGAUGAUGAUCUCUCCAUCAUGUUUGAAAAGUCACGGCUGUCAGGCAAAGUCCCCGACGACUGGAAAAGGGAAACGUCACUCCCAUCUUUAAGAAAGGGAGAAAGGAGGACCCAGGGGACUACAGGCCGGUGAGCCUCACCUCUGUGCUGGGAAGAUCAUGGAGCUGAUCCUCCUUGGAAGAGAUGUUCAAGAACAUGAGGGACAAACAGGUGAUCAGAGACAGCAAGCGCAGCUUCACCAAAGGCAGAUCAUCCCUGACCCAUCUGGUGGGCUUUAAGGUCCCCUCCAACCUAACUCAUUCUAUAGUUCCAUGAUUCUAUGAUGAGAUUGUUUUCCUUCAUAGGCCUGGAAAUGGUUUUAGGGUUUAGCUGCUCCAUCAGCUUCCCAGGGGUCACUGUGUGUGCGUCCAGACUGCUGUUCCCUGAGAACUUCACAACACUCUUCACCAUCUUACUGGGUAUAAACGUGCAGGUUUUGGUAUCAGGGGUGCAUGGGGCACCUGAGAAGAGAGGUCAGGGCUGUGUUUGUGAACCAGGAGCCGGAGCCAGAGCAGCAUGUGGGCUGCACAAUUUGGAACUGCAGAACAGGGACACGGAGCCUGGCAACCCCAAUGGUCCUCGCUGGCCGGGUGAUAAUUAAACCUCAGGUCUUAUCAGUGCUUGGACCCGCUGUCCUGGGCCCUCAUCAGAGAGUCCAAAGGCGGUGGACAUGCCACUUGGCCAGUUCCAGUGCCAUGGGUGGCCAAACCUGGAGUCCUGAGGCUUGCAGCCUGUGCCGCCUGCCCACAGAGUGCUGCUGAAAUGCUAUUGUUCUUAACAAUCCCUUAAGUAUAUUACACCUUCCGCAACAAUCCUCUUAGAGGAAGCCGUCGAGAUGGCUGACAAAGGGCAAGGUGUCAUUUAAAUACACCUAGGUGUUAGUCCAGAUGGAAAGAGCAUGGCCCAGGGCACGGGAAGAGGCCACGGGGCUCUUGGGCUCCUUCAAGGCUUUGUCCCAUCCUGCACACAGGAUGGCUCCAGCCACUGGUGGGGGGAGCAGCAUCCCUUGGCCCCAGCCAGAGCUGCCACCAGCUCGUCUCUCCCCAUGCAGCUCCACAUCUCCCGUCAGCCUUCCUGAUGGAAGAACUGCAGAGAUUCAGACCUCAGCAUCCAGCUCAUCUUUGGCGCAAUCCGGCGGCCCCGUGUGGAUACGCUCAGCUCCUGCAGUUGACCUAAGUCUUGCUCAGGCUGAUGAGCCACAGUAACCCUGAUGCGCUCGUUAAUAUUAAAGCACCAGGUGUGUGCUCACAACCAUGACCCGAAACAGAAGCAAUACAUCCCUAGAACAGGUGA